UGGGAGCCUCCGCUGUGUGAAGCUGAGGGGCGGCGAGUGGAGCUCGGGCACCGGCAGUGACGGGGAAACGGUGUCCGGGCCCGGUUCUGGAGGCGCUCCGGGGCUCGGAAGCUCAGACCAGACAAAGGCUCGCUUCGGGUCCCGGCGUUUCCCCGCUUCGGGUUUUUUCGACCGGUGCGGCCUUGUCCCCGCGCCUCAUCCUCGGCCUCGCGUGAACUGUCAAGCCGGGCACCCCUCAUUCAAAACCGUGGGGGCGCGGGACCCACCUAUGUAUAGGCGGUGCUGGUGCCUUCCGACCACCCAUUGAGCCCCAUUUCCCCCAUGCUGGUGGCUUGGCCGCCCCCCUCGCCGUGAGGAGGAGGAGGAGUAGGAGGAAGAGCCGGAGAGGAGGAAGACCCCGACCCCUUCCAGCUGGGUCAGGGCGAAGGAGAAGGGGAAGCAGCUGAGCAGCAGUGGGGGGACUCUCCCCUCAGGCCCUGCCCAAGGGAGCCAUGUCGAACAGUGGUCGGAGUCCCCUGCCUACCCUCAAUGAGAGAGACACGGAACAGCCGGCCUUGGGACAUCCGGAGUCCAAGCCCAACACAAAGUCCAACAUGCUACGAGGCCGCGGCCCAGUUACCUCCGCUGAUGAGCAGCCACACAUUGGGAACUACCGCUUGUUGAAGACGAUUGGGAAGGGCAACUUCGCCAAGGUCAAACUGGCACGGCAUGUCCUGACAGGGAAAGAGGUGGCUGUGAAAAUAAUUGAUAAGACGCAGCUGAACUCCUCCAGCUUACAGAAGCUCUUCCGGGAAGUGCGAAUAAUGAAGGUUUUGAAUCAUCCUAAUAUAGUUAAAUUAUUUGAAGUAAUAGAGACAGAGAAGACACUGUACCUCGUCAUGGAGUAUGCCAGUGGGGGUGAGGUGUUCGACUAUUUAGUAGCCCAUGGAAGAAUGAAAGAGAAAGAAGCACGGGCAAAAUUCCGACAGAUAGUUUCUGCUGUGCAGUACUGUCACCAAAAAUUCAUUGUACAUAGAGACUUGAAGGCAGAGAACCUGCUCUUAGAUGCCGACAUGAACAUUAAAAUUGCAGACUUCGGUUUCAGCAACGAGUUCACGUUUGGCAACAAGCUUGACACCUUCUGCGGGAGCCCCCCGUACGCCGCCCCUGAGCUUUUCCAGGGCAAGAAGUACGACGGCCCCGAGGUGGACGUCUGGAGCCUAGGGGUUAUCCUUUACACACUGGUCAGCGGCUCCCUGCCCUUUGAUGGGCAGAACCUCAAGGAGCGGCGAGAACGGGUCUUGAGGGGGAAGUACCGGAUCCCCUUCUACAUGUCCACGGACUGUGAGAACCUGCUGAAAAAAUUCCUCAUCCUCAACCCUAGCAAGAGAGGCACUUUAGAGCAAAUCAUGAAAGACCGCUGGAUGAAUGUAGGUCACGAGGACGAUGAACUGAAGCCUUACGUGGAGCCUCUGCCUGACUACAAGGAUCCCCGGCGGACAGAGCUCAUGAUAUCCAUGGGAUAUUCCCGGGAGGAGAUCCAGGACUCCUUAGUCAGCCAGAAGUAUAACGAAGUCAUGGCUACAUAUCUGCUGCUAGGAUACAAAAAUUCAGAGCUUGACAACGAUAGCAUUACCCUGAAGCCACGGACCCAGCCCGAACUUGCCAACAGCACCGCCCCCUCCCCGUCGCACAAGGUACAGCGCAGUGUAUCAGCCAACCCCAAGCAACGCCGCUUAAGCGACCAGGUACCCACCAUCCCAACAUCCUCCUCGUACUCCAAGAAAACACAGGCAGCCAACGCAGAGAACAAGCGGCCCGAAGAGGAGCGGGAGGCUGGGCGCAACAAGGCCAGCAGCACAGUCAAAGUGCCUGCCAGCCCCCUGCCCAGCCUCGAGAGGAAGAAGAGCACCCCACACCUUCCACAGUCAAACAGCGUCCUCUCAACCAGCACAAACCGGAGCCGCAACUCCCCCAUGCUAGACCGGGCCAGUUUGGGCCAGAACUCCAUCCAGAACGGCAAAGAUAGCCUAACCACUCCAGGCUCCAGGGCUUCUACCGCUUCAGCUUCCGCCGCCGUGAGCUCUGCGCGCCCGCGACAGCACCAGAAAUCCAUGUCUGCCUCGGUGCACCCCUCCAAGCCCGUGCUGCCCCCCUCCGACAAUAACUGUGAGGCGCAGCGACCCAGCACUGCACCCCAGAGGGUCCCCGUCGCCUCUCCCUCGGCCCACAACAUCAGCAGUGCCCUCCCAGAGCGCACCAACUUCCCGCGGGGCGUCUCCAGCCGCAGCACUUUCCAUGCCGGGCAGCUCCGGCAGGUCCGGGACCAGCAGAACCUCCCCUACGGCCUCACGCCCGCGUCGCCCUCCGGGAACAGCCAAGGCAGGAGGGGGGCCUCAGGGAGCAUCUUCAGCAAGUUCACCUCCAAGUUCGUGCGCAGAAAUCUGUCUUUCAGGUUUGCCAGAAGGAACCUGCAUGAGCCCGAAAGCAAAGACCGUGUGGAGACGCUCAGGCCUCACAUGGUGGGCAGCAGCGGCGACAAGGAGCGGGACGAGAACCGGGAGGCCAAGCCGCGCUCGCUGCGCUUCACCUGGAGCAUGAAGACGACGAGUUCCAUGGAGCCCAACGAGAUGAUGAAGGAGAUCCGGAAAGUGCUGGACGCUAACAACUGCCAGUGCGAGCUGCAGGAGAAGUACAUGCUUCUGUGCAUGCACGGAGCGCCGGGCCACGAGGCCUUUGUCCAGUGGGAGAUGGAGGUGUGCAAGCUCCCCCGCCUCUCCCUCAACGGCGUCCGCUUCAAGCGGAUAUCAGGCACCUCCAUGGCCUUCAAGAACAUUGCCUCAAAAAUCGCCAACGAACUGAAGCUUUAACAGGCCCCCCGGGGGGGCCCAGCCUGCACGCGCAUGGGGUGGGGGUUAGGAGUAAAAAGCUGCAAUUUUAACUCUG